CCCUGCCUCUCUUGGCAAACGCUGGAGUCCGAGCCCUUCUGCCUCUCUCCAGGUUCUUACACGAUGCUUCAUGCCUCAAGGGACCUGUAUAUCGGUGGCUCAAGGCACCAGUGCCGAUACAGGCACCAGCAUGGUGAAAGCUGCAGCUUGGGCCACCAACAGAGGGCACCAAUGCUGAUGCCAGACUGUGACCCUGUCCCGCCGUGCAGCAGAUGCCGAGGCUUGUUCCCUCAAUUCCAGAUGAUACCCCUUCAGAGCUUGCAACUCACUUCCUUCCAUAAUGAGGGCUGCUUCCCUCCAUCCAUAAAUGGUUCCUGUGGCAGGGUCCAUCUCUCUCUGGAGAACAAAGCACUGUGGGAGGAGUUCUACACAGUUGGCACUGAAAUGAUCAUCACCAAAUCUGGCAGACGUAUGUUCCCACCUUGCAAAUUGAUUGUUUCCGGCCUGAACCCUCACUCUCUCUACCUGAUGCUGGUGGAUAUUGUACCUUUGGACAACACUCGGUAUAAAUGGCACUGUGGCCACUGGGAGGCAGUCGGAAAAGCUGAUCCCCAUUUCCCCAGUCACUUCUACCUCCAUCCAGAUUCUCCAGCUCCUGGCAGUCACUGGAUGAAAGAACCAGUCUCCUUCCAGAGACUCAAGAUCACCAACAAUACUCUGGAGCAGUGUGAACAUAUUAUAUUGCAUUCGAUGCACAAAUACCAACCACGAUUCCAUGUGGUGCUGACCAGCGCACAUACACUCACCCUGCCCUGGAAUGCUGUGGCCACCUUUGUGUUCCCAGAAACAACUUUUAUGGCUGUGACGGCCUAUCAGAAUUCCAAGGUUACCCAGCUGAAGAUUGAUAACAAUCCAUUUGCAAAGGGGUUCCGAGAGAAUGGCCUCAGCUCUAAGAAGAACCGAGGGAAAAAUGUUCAAGGUACUGAAAUGGUCAAGCAAGCAAGUGCUGAGGAGAGAGGCUGUGACCCCCUCACCGGUGAGUCUGUAGCCACACUGCAAGGAUACUGGUCUCUCCACUGAGACUGAGCCACGGAGCAGCUCUCUACACAAAGCUUAGUGGUAUGGAAGGAAGAGGAUCAGACCUGAAAUCAGCUACAGCAAUCUAAUCAUGCCAUUUGAAAUGAGCAGAAGACUGGAACACAAGAUUUUGCCAAUGGAAUCAGACUCUGAUCCAUCAAGACCAAUAUCUGGCCUUGGCAGUGAUCAGUAUUUGAGCCACCACCCUUGGCCCCUAAUAUACAUAGCCAGUAAUGAAAUGCUGUACAUAGAUGCAAAAAAAAACCUUUCUUGGCCGGGUGGUGGUCAGUUUAUGUCCUGAAGCAUGAGAAUUGAUUAGCCAUCUCUUAGCACUUGUAAGCACAAAUGUUAUUGGUCACACUCUCAGGAUAAACUCAUUAAGGGCCAAACUUGAAGUCAUUAGUUUCUACUCAGCCUUGAAUUAAGUGACUGAAUGACUACAAACACUAGGCCUUGUAUAGUCUACACUUAAAAGGUUAACCUAGUGUAGAAUUGUUGUAGUCGUGUUGAUCCCAGGAUAUUAGAGAGACAAGGUGGGUGAGGUAAUCUCUCUUAUUGGACCAACUUCUGUUGGUGAGAGAGACAAGCUGUCGAGCUUACACAAAGCCAACAGAAGUUGGGUUCAGGAAUAGAGAUUACCUCACCCACAUAGAGAUGCAGUAAAUACCAGCAAAACAUUCCUUUUGCUGGUAAACUUAUACCAGUUCACCAAGUAAUACGCACUAUACAGGCAAAAGGACUUUUUUGUUAGUAUAGCCGACUCCACGCUUUUGCCAGCAUACCUAUGUCAGCAAAAAAAAUCACACUCCUGACCAACAGAGGUGUGCCAGCAAAACUUUUGAGUGUAGUAAG